AUGAUUUGCCGAAACUGUGCAGCUUAUGGUCACACCCUUAAGCGAUGUACCAGCCCGGCCAUUUGUCUAACCUGCUCGGAAGACCAUACCAUGGAAAAAGACAAGCAAUGCGAGAAAGCGUCGUUUUGUAAACACUGCAAGGGGGAUCACUCACCGAUUAGUCGCGACUGUCCUGUUUUCCGGAAGGAAGAGGCAGUGAUUCGCCUUAAAGUGAACAAGGGCAUCACGUUCCAUGAAGCACGCACGGAAAUCAACAGCACGUGGGGUAAAGAAACCUAUGCCAGCAAAGUUCAACAGCGCCUCAACAUCACAGUCGAAUCCGAAAAAGAUAAUCUCAUAAAAAAGCUACAAUCAGAAAUGGACAAGAUGCGAAAAGAAAUUGAAUUGCUGAGAACGCAGAUACCAACAACGGAAUCUAAACUCACAGACAAACGGACUGUCUCACAGACUCAAAAAAACGAUGUCAAUGCAACAACUCCUACUCCCAGAUACUCGCGGAAAGAUCUCAUUCACCAGCAAUCUAGGUUGGAAAAACAAAAAUUUAGUAAAAAUAACAAAGAACCAUAUAAUCCAAAAGAUACUUUAAAUCGCAGUAUGAGUAGAAAACGUAUUUUACAUUCGCCACCGCUGCAUUUAAUGGAUUCUAAGAAAUCGAACAUCAGGUCGAACUCCGAUGCUGACGCUAUGUCUGAAGAUGAAUAA